AUGCGGCUGUUUGUAGUCUGUAUCCUUAUGAUUGUGGGCGAGGUCUCAGCAGUCAAAAGAAUGCGCUUUAAGAAAGCACGAAAGAAUGGAGCUUACACGAGUAAAUUUCCACAUCCACAAAAUUAUGGGAGUGGUGCUCCCCGUCGUAAUUCUGUUGGUAAAAACGUCGUGGAGGUUUGUGUUCCAGUUGCGUGUGGGAGCGGAGAGGCGAUUGGUACGGAGUGCGACUUCAGCGAUAACUAUAAAGUAGCCUGCACCAAUGUUCAAGAAAAAAAGUGCACUGGAAUUACACUGCAAAAGAGUUGCAAGAGCGAAAAGAGUGUGAUGUAUGUCAGUGUUGAAAAAGAAAGUGAUAAAGGAUAUGAAGUAAAGGCCUUUAAAGACGUUUUGUGUACCAAACCAUAUGGUAUUCCAAUUACUGAAGUUUUUUGUAAAGCAAAUAAUAUGAGGAAUAAAAAGUAUUCAUGUAAUAAAGAGGGAAUUGUUUCUCUUGGAGCUCUGUGUAAAUGUUCAAAUUGUGAAACAGUCCAACAAAACGAAAAAACAAAAAUCAAAACGAAAGGAAAGGAAGUACACGUUAAUAUUUGGAUUGCGGUUAUCGUUCCACUCGCCGCUAUUGCGAUCAUCUCUUUUGUUGCAAGAAAAAAGUAA